CAAGUUCGCGACUACCGGUAAAACAGUCACGAUUGUCUACGCUCUUGUGGUUUUUCAGACACCGGAACACGAGGGGAUGUCGCCGAGGCAGUCGGACCAGGUUUUCGCCACCGAUCGAUCCUGCACCGAUAUCCUGGCUCUGAUCGUGCUCAUCGGUUUAGUCAUCGGUUUCGGUUUCCUGUUGAGCGUUGUCGUGCAGAAAGGGGACAUUUACCGGGUAAUAAAUGGCUACGAUGACUGUGCUAACGUCUGCGGGCGUGUUACCAGCAGCGAAAGUAAUCCGGAAUUCGCAUGCAAGGGUGCAGACAAGACGAAAGAGCGGUACCUGCAGAUUAUCAUGAACACGAACGGCGGAGUGAAAACGCGAAACUGCGUGACCAAAUGCGGCGAUCAGGAUAUAGUGUUCCUGAAUCGUUGCGUGCCCAAGGAGACGGCCGAAACGGCCACUUCUUUGCUCAGGAAGCUCGGUCUUGAAAAUUUUUACAAGGAAGCCUCCAGGGAUCUCGGCGUUGCGUGGAGGGAGCUAGUCUACUUAUUGCUGAUCGCUUUAGCCUUCUCGUUGGGCAUCUUGAUAGCCUUCCGUUACAUGGUGCAGUGGGUCGUUUACAUCGUCUUAAUAGGUGCUAUUCUAGCGAGUAUCGCUGGUUCGGUAUAUCUUUGGCUGGCGUGGUACGCCGAGAAAAAGGGAGUGGAAAUGCACGAGAUACCAGAGGAGGACUCGAGCGAGCAGGCUUAUCUCGUUUACGCGAUCAUGCUGACGAUAGUUACGGUUGUCACGCUUCUGAUCGUCCUGGUGAUGAGGAAAAGAAUCGCCCUGGUGAUGCAGCUGUUCCGCGAGGCGGGGAAGGCCGUUUACGCGAUGCCAGCGCUCCUUCUUCAGCCUAUAUACACUUAUCUUCUGAUCGGUUCCAUCGUGUGCGCUUGGGUUUACUGCAUGCUCUGGAUCGAAAGCGCAGGGAACAUUUACAAGAACCGGAAGAAUCACAUUCAUUUCAGGAAGGACGCCGUUACAAUUGUGAGUAGAUGGUACAAUUUAUUUUUCUUCUUCGUCACCUGUGAGUUUCUACUGGGCUGUCAACAUAUGGUCGUUGCUUGCGCCGUUGCGCGUUGGUUCUUCACCAGGGACAAGAAGCACCUUUCUCUGCCAAUUGCCGGUGGCUUCGGCUAUCUGAUACGAUAUCACUUGGGCACGGUGGCGUUUGGCGCGUUGGUCAUUGGCAUUAUUCGACUGAUAAGGGCCGUAAUUUCCUUCGUGCAAAAUCGCUUGAAGCAUUACGACAAUGAUCUCGUGCGGGUAAUCCUGUGGUGCUGUCACUGUUGUAUCUGGUGUUUCGAAUGCGCUUUGAAGUUCCUCACAAGAAACGCAUACAUUGAAACAGCGAUAUACGGUUGUAAUUUCUGUACGGGAGGCAGAAAAGCUUUCCAAGCCUUGUCCAGCAACAUACUGAGAGUCGCAGCUAUUAACAGCGUUGGCGACUUUGUUCUGUUCUUGGGAAAGGUGAUGGUGGUUACGUUGACCGUUGUUUCAGGAAUCUACUUAAUACAGAAAGAAGGACUGCAUUAUCCAUGGAUACCGAUCGCAUUGGCUGGAGUCUUUGCCUUCUUGGUGGCCCAUUGUUUCAUUUCCAUCUACGAGAUGAUCAUAGAUACAAUAUUCAUUUGUUUCUGCGAGGACUGCGAAAAGAACGACGGGAUCAACAGACCGUACUUCAUGAGCCGUGGAUUAAUGGAAUUCGUCGAGAACAGUAAGAAAGCUCUUCAAUACGCGAAUCAUCGGACGUAAUCGAGGGUAUUUCAACGUUCGUUAAAGAUCGAUCGAUUCGUGCAUUUCAAGGAUGCAAAAGUCUUCGGAAUCACCGUACCAUAAAACACCAGAAAAUGCCUGACGAAUGAACGUCGUACUGAAUGUUUGUUCCUGCGAAUUCUCCACAAGCGCACCACGUGUUUCUUUACCUCUAUCUCUAACAAUAAGUACAAGUACAGUAUAUAUCGUGCAGAGAAAGAUAAUGUCAGACAGUUGAAAUCACGAAUUUUCACCGACAGUCUGUUCUAUAUACUAUAGUCAUAGCUAUUUUAACUACGAAUAAUCUAUAUUUUUAAUAUAUCGAAAAACGAUACAUAUAUUAUUAAUGUUUAUAUCCGUGAAUGGGAGGAAUAUAUCAGAUAUAUAUAUCGGACAGACUUCUGUGAACAGAUAAUAAACAUACAUACGUACAUAUUUAACUACGUACGUCUGUAACUUGACACGCAACUUUUCACGGUGAUGACACUGUACCUGCACUUAUUCCAAUAAAUGCAGUGUACGAACACACGUUCUCGCGUUAUUCCGUUCGCAAGGAUGAACAGAAUUACCAUUGUCGUUAUUUCCACGUUAUAGAAAUUGCCUCGAGCUUUCGGUAUCAAGGAAAUCUGUGUCUCAACGCAGGUGUGAAAUUCUGCAAUUUUUGCAGCAGAGCAGCUUGUUACAUAUAUAUUAUAUGUAUAAAUAUAUAAUUGUUAAACAUUCCGGUUCCUACGAAAUCGUACGAUUUACGUCGCGAAACAUCGAAAUACUUUUUUUUUUAAAUCGAUCACUUCUCCAUGACUCGUUUUAGAAACAUUCGCGUGCAUUUACUUCGUGUCGAUGAUAUAUCGUAGGUUAUCUUUUCUAUCGUACUAUAAAGUAUAUCGUUUGUAUCAUAUAAGCAUAUAUAUGUGUAAUAAUACUCGGAUAGGUACAACGAGCUAUCACCGCGACAUUGUCGAAGCUCCAAAAUAUACGCGUGGGUCCUGCAACGCGAAGACGUCUUGGAACACGUUUGAAACUUGGUGUCGCGUUUGCCAGGAGCCUUUUGAACGUUUGCCAGUAGUCUGAAAAUUGAUUAAAAGGCGAUACCGCGAGUAAAAGCGCGCUUGGUGCAGCGCCGAUAACGCUAUCUGAGUAAUUGCAGUCGCAUCGACUAUCACCUGUCUCUGUACAUACAUUCUCCCUUUUCUUUUCUUUUGUUUUGACGUGAAAAAAAGCACCCAUCGAUCAUACGCGGCGUCACGCCCCUUCGAUGAUCGAUCGUUAAGAGAUAAGGUACAACGUUAUUUUUAAACGUGAUCGCAGCUUUAUGUCACACGAUCGCCUCGAUCCCGAAAAAUCAUAAGUAUAUUAUAAUUUUAAUAAAAUUCAUAUUUUAUGAAAUACG